AUGAAUAAUGGUAGUGAUGAUAUGAGGGCAACAGAUAGAGAUUCGAAACAUCUGUUUGGUGACAAUGAGGAACGGAUCGAAUUGAAGAAUGUCACACCUUCCAAUCGAGAUGAUAGUGUAGUUAAAAACCCGAUCAAGUCGAUGAGCACAGAGGAUAUUUUUGUUAAGAAUAAUGUACCUAAACCAUCUGUCAAGAGUAAUAAUCAUAGUAAUACAACGCCUUCCCCUAAUAAAUAUACUAGAAGUUCUAAUAAUAGUCCACUUGGUAAAAGAACUCAGGAUAUUAACAGAAUUGCAAUGUUCUUUAAAGAUGGACAUUCUCCGAUAAAAUAUAAAAAGAACAAUGAGAAAUCAAUGGGCUCUAUGGAACCAGAAAUACAGAAUGAUAAUUCAAAAUUAUCUAAAUUAAAAGUUGCAUCGGGAUCAGAAAUUGCUGAAAGAUUAAAUUAUUCAUCAGAUGAUACUCCUCCAUCACAGAGAAAUAAUAAUUUAGCAAAGAUUAAUGUUCAGAAUGAUAUCAACCCUAAAAAUAUCAUUAAUAAAUUACGACUUGAUCAAAUAAACAACAAUUCCCUUAGAUCUUUUCAAUUCGAACAAGGAGGAAUUCAACUGAAUUAUGAGGAAGAAGAAGAAGGACAAAAACAAGAACAAGAAGAGAAACAGAAUGAUGAUAAGAUUGUGUCAACGAUCAAAGAUCAAGUUAUUAAUCCGUCUAGAAAUACCGGAAUUACACAACCUGUUUGCAAUAGUGAUAUUGACAUUACAAGGGCCAUUAAAAACUUAUAUCAAACUGAAUUUUUAAGUUCUGAAUACUCUGUUAUAGAUGACACUACGGAAGCGAAUAUUCCACAUAAAAUCGAAAACACCAGCAUUGAAAUGAAUGGCUAUAAAUCAACUCAACUAAUUGACACUAGCGAAACACAUACUAUAAAACUUUUAGAACCUGAAUUAGAAGCAAAAGAACAGAUAUUUAACACUGAACAACCUAAAUCAGAUCAUAAAAAGGAUUAUAGAUCAAAUUUAUUAAACGGCGAGACACAGCCUAUUAUAUCUUCUGAUCAGAAUGCAAUCUCCACCCAGGUAGAUUUGACUCAAAUAUCCGACACUUCAACAAUUCCAUUAUUCCUCCAACGAAGACCGUCCUUUUCUGAAAGUAACCAACCUGAUAAUAAUAUUAACACACCUGUGCCAAUAAAGAAAAAUGAACAGCAAACGAUACUAGAGGUCCCACAAACCAAGUCACCAAUAUUUAAUGAAGAAAAAAAUGGUGUGAAAAAUACAGACUCUUCACCCACCCCUAGGGAUAGGGAUCAGAACUGGAUAUCAAACAGUUUCUACGAAUCAGCAAGUCCGGAUAAAAUUUAUUUGCAGAUUUCUAGUAACAUCGAUUUAACAUCAAGCCAAAAUGGAGAUUUAGUAAAAGGUGCUAAAGAUUGUGAAGAAAAAGUCAUAUUUAGUGAGGCAGAAAUGACACAGGAACUGCCAGAAGUUGAAGAACAAAACGAAGAUGAAUUAAAAAAUAAAAGUGAUAAUGCAUUAGUGUCUGAUUUGAACGAAUCCCAAGACAUAGUACCUAAUGGAAGGAUGACAAAACGGAGAAAAAUGACAAAACUACAAGAAAUAAAUUUAGAUAAGAGUCUUGAGAACUUUUCGAAUAAAGAAGGAGGCGCACCUGGAGACUCUAAUAUUGAAUCAACUAGAAUAGACUCCUCAAAUAUCAAUUUAAUAUCCAAUGAAGCUACAGGGAUCGAGGAUUCGGAAUCUACUAAUAUUAAGUUUCAAUAUCAAGAGUCUUCACCUCAAAUAUUAAAGAAGACGAAAAAAAUAUAUCCUUCAGGCAUUCUUUCUGAGGACAAAAAUUCUUUGUCUAAUGAUGAUAUAUUAUUUGAAAAUUCUGUUUGGUGUCUGUACAGUUUGAAUUGUCAGUUCUACCCGGGUAUAUUGUUAAAUGCAGAACCAAAUACGUCCAAAAGUUGGAUAAUGUUCGAAAAUGAGAAAAAUUUAAUGAAUAACGAUGACAUAUAUUACCUAAAUAUCAUGAUAGGUGACAGGAUAUUAUGGAAGGGUCACCCAUAUACAAUAGUUGGACUAGAAUGCAAUUCACAUGAAGAAAGCAUAAUCAGAUGUGUCAGGGGGUAUGACACUUUACAUUUGAAAAAAAAGACAGCGUCUGGAACGCUAGGAAAAAAAACAUAUAUAACUCCAUUAAGCUCAAUAUCAAUGGAUAUUAAUGAGUGGACCAAAAGAAGUCAAUUAAUUACAAACUCUGAAGAGAAAGAUGAUACUGAAAGUAGAAAAAUUAGUACACCAUUACGAAGCCAUAGAAGUCAACUUGGAUCAUCUCCGUUGAAAUCACUAAUGUCGUCUCCUAUUAGAUCUGCAUCUAAAACACAUUUAACUACUAGUGAUUCUACUACUAAAACCUUUUCUAAAAAAUCAAUAUUUAACGAGGCAACAGAUUCGAUUCUAAGUUAUAAUUAUGAUAACCCAAAGUCUUUAAUCUUUAAACAUUCGAUUUUCAUAUUAACGAAUGUGUCAGAAAAUAGAGAUGAAUUAAGUGAAUUAAUACUGGCUAAUGGGGGCACUAUUUUAGAACUGGGAUUUUCUUCACUGUUCAAUUAUUCUACUUCAAAUAAUUCUGUCGAUGAAAGUUAUAAGGAAUUUGACUUAAGUUUAAAAUUUAAGGAAGAAUCUUUAAUUAAGGAUUUUAGGUUUGCAUGUCUUAUUGCAGAUAAUUAUUCAAGAAGUUUGAAAUAUCUUGAAACUUUGGCGCUUCAGUGGCCAGUUCUACAUUGGAAGUUUGUAGUAGAGUGUGUGACUAAACAGAAACUGGUACUGGAAUCAGUAUUUAAAUAUUUAUUACCUGCUGGGGAAAGUCUUAGAUUUGCAUUGCAAUCUGAUACAUCAAAAGCGUGCACUGUUAAGUCAAGUAAUAUUUUUAACUUUUAUACCAAAUUAAUCAGAAAUGAAAAACUACCCGAUCAAAUCAAUGGACUAACAAGUUUAUUAAGUGACGCUAUUGUUAUUUUAAAUGGGUCGACAGAUUUAGAUGAUUUUAUAAAAUUUUUGUUUGCUUCAACAGGAGUUAAAACUUUAUAUCAGUUAAAAGAGUUUAAAACAAAUGGAAUAAUACAGUCAAUUCAAAAAAUCUUGGAUUCAUUCGGCAAACUUCCGAAACUGAUAAUCGUUUAUAUGAAUGUCACUAAAAACUCAUCGCAGUACAUACCUGAGAAUAUUAGAGACGAAAUUAAUAAUAGUUACGAAGGAACAACCAAAUUUUAUUUCAAAUCUAAAGAGUGGCUGAUACAAACACUAAUAAAUGAAGACACUUCUCUCGGAUAG